GUGACGUCACUCGCAGCGGGCACUGGGAAUGAUCGUCUCCUGUUGAAUCGAAACACUGCAUAUUUGCCCGAGGGCAAGAAGUUACGCAGAUCUGAGCUCAGUUGUAAAAGAGGACUGCAGCUACAUCACGGUAAUUGCACAGUGCUGCUGUAGUUGUAUUAAUAUCGAGUCCCAUAGGCUGGCAACAAUGCUAUCGUGGGAGUGGAUAGAUUUUAUGGCUCUUGGCUCACAGCUGUCGACGAGCAAGAUGCCCACGUGGGUGCUGCUGCGCGUGGUGGCCGUGCUGUUUCUGUGGCUGGGAUUCUGGUGGCUUCGGAGGGAGCAACGCGGUUUCCCGCCUGGUCCCAGAGGGCUGCCGCUUGUGGGGAACCUCUUCCAGUUGGACCUCAAAGCCUUGCCCGCGUCCUUAGACAAGCUCUCAGAGACCUAUGGUCCAAUUUACAGUGUAUCUUUAGGACAGACGCGAGUUGUGGUUUUAGUCGGCAAUGAAAUCAUAAAGGAAGCUCUCGUUACCCAAGCUGAGAUGUUUAUUGACCGCCCUGAAAUACCCGUCUUCAAAAAGUCUUUGGGAAAUUACGAAGGGCUGCUGCUGAGUCAUGGGUGGCAGUGGAGGGCGAGGAGGCGCUUCACCCUUAUGAUGCUGAGAAACUUUGGGAUGGGCACGAAGAGCAUUGAGGAGAAGAUCGCUGAGGAGGCCGAGUUUCUUGUGCGAGCUAUAGAAAACAAACAAGAAAAACCUUUUGAUGCACAUUCCGAAAUCAACAAAUCAGCGGCAAAUGUAAUAUGCUCCAUCACAUUUGGAGACCGCUAUGACUGGAAUAAUAAAACAUUUGUCAAGCUUAUGGAUAUUAUCACUGAGAAUGUAGAACUGUCUGGUAAUGAUUGGUCCCAGAUUUUCAAUUCUUUUCCUGUGCUGAAGUAUUUCCCAGGACCCCACCAACGAAUAAACAAGAAUAAAGUUGUCUUGAAUGCGUUUAUUCAAGCUAGGAUUGAAGAGCAUGACAUGGCACGCAUUCAAGGAGAGCCCCGAGAUUAUUUGGACGCCUUCAUUGACAAGAGGAUUGAGGAUUCAAUGAAUCCAGACACAGCCUUCUCUGACAUAGCCCUUAUUAACACGACAGCUAACCUGUUUGUGGCUGGAUCUGAGACCACCUCCGCCACACUUAAAUGGGGUAUCCUGCUCAUGCUUACAUAUCCCAAAGUACAAGAACAAGUUCAGGAAGAAAUAGAUCGCGUUGUUGGAUCCAAUCGCCGGCCGGCUUGUGCCGAUCGAGCAUGCAUGCCCUACACCAACGCCACGGUUCAUGAGAUUCAGCGCUACGCCAACAUCCUGCCGAUGGCAUUUCCACACGCUACCACCUGCGACACAAAACUGCGCGGUUAUUUCUUGCCCAAGGGCACACAAGUGAUUGCUCUCAUCCACUCGGCGCUGAGAGAAAAGUCACUGUGGGAAGCACCCGAGCAGUUCAACCCAGGCCAUUUCCUGGACAUCGAUGGAAACUUCUAUAACCGAAAUGAUUUUAUGGCGUUCUCUGCAGGGCCCCGAAUUUGUCUCGGGAAGAACCUGGCCAGGAUGGAAGUCUUCCUCUUCUUCACAGCUCUUCUACAACGUUUCUCAUUUCAGGGACAGCCAGGACACCCUAUGCCUGACCUUACCCCAAAGUCAGGCAUAGUUUGGAAUCCCUUUCGCUACGAGGUUUGUGCCAUAAGGCGGUGAUAGCAUUCCAGAUAAUAGAGAUUGCAGGUCACUCAAAGUCCGAGUCAAGAAUCACUAUGAACGAAUCUAUCUUGAUUUGAAGUUUUCGUGACUGCAGGAAUCCAUUCUCUUUGGUUCUUUCGGUAAAGUCACGUAGGUAUAAAAAAGAAUAGAUCACGACGUUUCGAUCACAACACAAGCAAUCGUCAUCAGGUGAGACAACUACAGUAAGAAAACUGCUGAAGUAGGCGAGAGCUGCCAUGACACGAGGUUAUAUAAUUAUCGGCGAAUACCAAUGAAAAUAUGAUCGAAUAUUCUUAUAGAAAAUCGAAAAUAAUAAUUUUUAAUUCAGGAAAACGUAGAAAGCAUAUACAUCACGAAUCUAACUUGAUUUGAAGCAUUUGUGACUUCAGAAAUCCAUACUCUUUGGUUCUUUCGGUAAAGUCACGUAGGUAGAAAU